AUGUUAAUCCUUUUCGAUAAAGCCGUUAUCAUAAUCAAUAAAUGCAGUUAUAGAGAAGAACUUUCUUAUUUUGAUCAUUAUCAAUCAAUUUUUAUUCGAUCAAUGAAUAUUUUAUUAGAUAUUCGACAAAUAAUAUUAAUUGGUGGAAUUGCAAAAAUUGAUGUUAAACAUGUUAAUUCUGUACUUGAAAAAAGUCGUAAACAUAUUCCAUUAGAAAAUCGAAAUGAUACAAUAACUUGUAGAGAAUGGUUUGGAUGUCAUAAAGGUUAUUGUUGGGUAGAAUGUCCUGGUGCUUUUCCUUCUGUAACUGGUCCUCAAUGGUAUUAUACAACAAAAUCAAAUGAUAAAAUAACUUGCUCAAAAGAUAAACAUUGUAAUGAAUCUUGGCGAUGUUUUAGUUCAUAUACGUGUAGUGUUUUAUGA